UGUGUCCCGGCGGGCGAGGCUUACGACGGCAAGGUUGGGCGAGAACCAAUUGAGACGUGUGAGAUCUUCUCAGGACAUGUCUACACCGCGAGCAGGAGCCAACGCCCCCCUCUGGGCCUCUGCUUCCCGGCGAAGCGCGACAGUGUCCCGAGCUCCGGAGAGGAGGCCGACGGAGGAGUCGAGUUGGGGUGUUAGUCGAGGAGGCAAGGAUGGCGGCUGGAGAGCCUCUGGGCUCCCGGAGUCUGUGGCCUCGGGUUGCCGGGAACCGCCUCUCUGCUUUGGACUGAAGAACGACUUAGUCGGCGUGGUGAUCGGUCGUGGUGGGUCAAAAAUAAGAGACAUCCAAAGUACAACAAAUACCAGGAUUCAGAUAGUAAAAGGGUAUCCUGAGGCACAAGUCAAAAUUUUUGGCAGCAAGGCGAUGCAGACGAAAGCAAAGGCAGUGAUAGAUAAUUUUGUUAAAAAACAGGAAGGAAAUUACAGUCCAGAAUGUCAAGUUGAUAUUGUUGCAUUCCAACCUUCUUUUGGAAGAGAUGUAAGCAUAGAUGACGGUGUUAUUACAGAAGAUCAGCCAUUGAUUGAUUGGGAUCAAAUUCGUGAGGAUGCUUUGAAAUGGGAAAAAAAAAAGUGGGCAGAUUUACCUCCAAUUAAGAAAAACUUUUACAAAGAGUCAACAACAACAGGCUCAAUGUCACAGGUACAGGUAGACAACUGGAGGAAGGAAAAUUUUAAUAUAACGUGUAAUGACUUGAAAGAUGGUGAGAAACGUCCCAUUCCCAAUCCUAUCUGUACAUUUGAAGAUGCCUUUCAAGGUUUUCCUGAAAUUCUGAAAAGCAUUAAAAAGGCAGGUUUUCAAAAACCAACACCAAUUCAGUCACAGGCCUGGCCGAUAGUCCUACAAGGAAUAGAUCUUAUAGGAGUGGCCCAAACUGGAACAGGGAAGACACUGUCCUAUUUAAUGCCUGGAUUUAUUCAUCUGGACUCUCAACCAAUACCUAAAGAAAAAAGGAAUGGUCCCGGCAUGUUAGUCCUUACACCUACUCGAGAGUUAGCUCUUCAGGUGCAAGCCGAAUGUUCAAAAUAUUCAUAUAAAGGUCUGAGAAGUGUUUGUAUAUAUGGUGGUGGAGAUAGAGAUCAACAAAUACAAGACCUAACAGAAGGCACAGACAUCAUUAUUGCAACUCCUGGAAGAUUAAAUGAUCUACAAAUGAAUAACUUUGUCAACUUGAAUAGUAUAACCUACCUGGUUUUAGAUGAAGCAGACAAGAUGUUGGACAUGGGAUUUGAACCUCAGAUAAUGAAGAUUCUGUUAGAUGUGCGCCCAGACAGGCAGACUAUUAUGACAAGUGCAACUUGGCCAUGUGCUGUUCGUCGACUUGGACAGUCUUAUUUGAAAGAGCCAAUGAUGGUCUAUGUUGGUACUUUGGAUCUAGUUGCUGUAAAUACAGUGAAGCAAAAUAUAAUCGUCACUACAGAGGAGGAGAAACGGACUCAUAUCCAGACUUUCCUAGAGAGUAUGUCACCUAAAGACAAAGUCAUUGUCUUUGUCAGCAGAAAAGCUGUAGCUGACCACUUAUCGAGUGACCUGAUUCUUCGACAUAUAUCAGUAGAAUCUCUGCAUGGCAACAGAGAACAGAGUGAUCGGGAGAAAGCUUUAGAGAACUUUAAAACAGGUAAAGUGAGAAUACUAAUUGCUACUGACUUAGCAUCCCGAGGGCUCGAUGUCCAUGACAUUACACAUGUCUAUAACUAUGAUUUUCCACGGAAUAUUGAAGAAUACAUACACAGGGUAGGGCGUACUGGAAGAGCAGGGAGGACCGGAAUGUCAAUUACCCUUCUCACUAGAAAUGAUUGGAGGGUUUCCACUGAACUGAUUAAUAUUCUUGAAAGAGCAAAUCAGAGUAUCCCAGAGGAGCUUGUAUCAAUGGCUGAGAGAUACAAGGCAAAUAAACUGAAGAAAGAAACAGGGAAAAAAUUGGGAAGACCCCAAGGAAAGCCCAAGAAGUUUUAUUAAUAUCUUCUGCUGAAAAGUGGUACCAGCCUACCAGAGAAUUCGAGCUUUUUUUAGAAAUAUACCAAGAUAUGGAAGUAUUGGAACAUACUGGCAGUAUGAAGAGAUUUGA